AUGGAGCCCAAAUCUGUCGCGAUCGUCUGCCUGUGUUUGAUUGCCGUCGGUUUCGGCAGUGUAAUGGCGGAUGUUUCUCACAUCGCUCCCGAAGCGCUAGAAAAUCCUGUGACGGAUGUGUGCCUGUCCUGCAUCUGUGAGGCAUCGUCCGGUUGCGAUGCGUCGCUGCGGUGCAAUGGCGACGUGUGCGGUAUGUUCCGCAUUACCUGGGCGUACUGGGCCGAUGCCGGCAAGCCCGUCCAGCAGGGCGAUUCACCCGACUCCCAGAAUGCCUAUCCGAACUGUGCCAACGAACCGUACUGUGCGGCGCGAACUGUCCAGGGAUAUAUGAGAAAGUUCGGCCAGGACUGUAAUGGUGACGGUACGAUCGAUUGCUUCGAUCACGCGAUCAUCCACAAGCUUGGAGGCUACAACUGCAAGAACCAGGUGCCGAUCGUCUACCAGACCAAGGUCGACGAAUGCAUCCAGCGUAAGGCCGCCGAGUAUGGAGCCGCCCGCCAAUAG